CACAGAUGUUCUGUCAAAAUUCUAAUUUAUUACAAAAUUGCUUAAAGAAAAGUGCGGUCAUAAAAUUCUAACAUAAAAAUACAAGAAUUUAACAAUUUCAAACGAACUAAAUAUCAAAAAUAAUAAAAUAGUUUUAAUCUAAAAGAAUCCCUCUUCGAUUGCCCCUUGUCGGCUUCAAACGUUUUGUUUCUUUUGUUGCUAAUUUAUGUGAAGUCUUUUUCUUUUUUUAACACAACAAUGGCGAAAGUUCACAUCACCAACGUGGUAGUCCUCGAUAAUCCGAGCAGUUUUUUCAAUCCUUUCCAAUUCGAACUCACCUUCGAGUGCAUCGAGGAACUCAAAGAGGACCUCGAAUGGAAGAUGAUUUAUGUGGGUUCGGCGGAGUCGGAGGAACACGAUCAGGUUUUGGAUACUAUAUAUGUGGGGCCAGUGCCCGAAGGACGCCAUAUUUUCGUAUUUCAAGCAGACCCACCAGAUGUAACAAAGAUACCCGAGCAGGAUGCUGUGGGCGUCACAAUUGUCCUGCUCACCUGUUCGUAUCGGGGACAGGAAUUCGUUCGUGUGGGGUAUUUCGUGAACAACGACUAUGCUGACCCCGAGAUGCGCGAAAAUCCCCCACCAAAGCCACUCUUCGAUCAAUUGACGCGAAACAUUCUCGCCUCAAAGCCCAGAGUUACUCGAUUCAAAAUUAACUGGGAUGAUACACCACAAAAUGGAGUCUCAAAUGGCACAAACGGCAUGGACGGCGAAGAAGUGCAGUUCUUCCAGAAUGCCAACGGAGCCGGCUGCUCAGGAGCGGGAGCAGUAAUGGAGAACGGCUGCAUAUCAACGACUGACGAAAACAGCAUGGCUAUGCCCAUGGACAACACCAAUGGCGUGGGUCUAAACGAGAACUCGAACUCCCUGGCGAUGGAGUGCUAGUAAAGACUCUUGAGAAAUCACUUUUGUACCUACGAAUAAGUUAUUUCAUGAAACGCGAAAGUGUUCAUUUUGUAGACUUACGUUUCAGCCAAGUCCAAGUAGCAGAAGUCUCUGUCUCCUGUUUUUCUUUUAAUUUUUUUUUCUUCUCUCUUCUUUCGUCGUGUCGCUGAUUUAGUUGUUUUCUUAAUUAUUUUCCUCGAAAACGAAUCGGUAUUGAAUUUAAGUCUGGAAUUCGGGGCUGCCGAAGCAGUUCGCUAAUAUUUUUGCGAGUUCUGGAUCCAAACGAACAUUUAGUUGUAAAAUUUAGUUUGUAUUAAAAAUUCUAUGUUAAUAAACUACAAUUGUUUUGUUAAAUUGUAUUAAA